CAAGGUUUCAUUGCUUUCGUUUCCCUUACUCUUUUACCCUCUCACUUCUCCUUUUAAAUUGGUAGGCAGGCAGGCCAGGCUCCCACGCUCACUCAACAAACAAACAAGGGAAAAAGAAAAGCUCUAAUUUAGGUCUCUCUUUGCAGUUCUUGACCCUUUGAAAAAUUCAGGUCAACCUUCAACAUUCUUCCUAUUUCCGACUUCUAACUCACUUUCCACCUCUGUCACAAAAUGGAUGAUUACUAUAGAAGGAGCCAUGUUCCAGCCUUUGGUAGCUGGGAUUGGAACAACGACCUCCCUUUCACUCAGUGUUUUGAAACAGCUCGACCAACUGGGAUGCUUCGUUACAGCUACUCCGAGGAUCGUGACUUGUACGUCGCCGGUGAUCUUUAUGAGAACGAUGUUGUUACCCCUGCCAUGAUUGUUGUUCCUCGCAGAAGGACCAAAGUAGGGCAGACGCAUAGUAAAGAGGGCAAAAAGCAAAGGUGGGAAGUGAGUGACGGGAAGGAAGCUCCUGAGCCAAGGCCAAGGCCAACGCCCAAGCCUGUUGAUGAAGACCUCUACAAAAUCUCCCCUGACCUCCUUUACGCAAAACCCAAAAAGAAGAGAGGGUUAAGCUUCUUCUCAAGCUGCCUACUGCCAACCUGCGUAUCGUGAAUCUUCUGCCAUUGCCCAUUGACAAGUGCAUGCAGCAUGUUUUAUAUAUAUAUAUAUUAUGUAAAUAUUAUAGUUUAAAAGAGUUGAAGAAGAGUCAAGGGAUGAAGCAUGGGAUUUGUACUGUUUACCCUUCCCCUUUGUAUAUUAAGGGGACUAUUGGGUUGAGGAGAGAAUUAAUAUACUGAUUAUCAAGUAGAACAAA